AUGAUUGUUGGAGACGUAGCAGAGCUGACGGACAAUCAGGGCACGCUCACCCUCUUCACCAAUUACAAGGGAGGAAUGAAUGAUGAUCUCAUCGUCACCAAGACAGACCAAGGCUACCUCUACGUGGUGUCCAACGCUGGCUGUGCAGACAAGGACACCGCCAACAUGAAGCUAGACUGGCAGAGUUUAAAGCAGCUGGCCAUGGUGUGGAUCCAGAGUGCCUCCAUGGCCCAGGUGCUCCAGUCGGGUCUGACAGAUGACCUCAGCAAGCUGACCUUCAUGACCAGCACCUUGGCCACAGUGUUUGGGAUCCAGGGCUGCAGGCUGACCUGCUGUGGCUACACCGGAGAGGAUGGAGUGGAGAUCUCAGUGCCUAAGUCUGGCGUGGUGGCCGUGACUGAGCACCUGUUGGCCAACAGUGAGGUCAAGCUGGCCGGACUGGGGGCGCGAGACAGUCUGCGGCUGGAGGCAGGCCUCUGUCUCUAUGGCAACGACAUUGAUGAGUCUACUACCCCUGUGGAGGCAACCCUGUUGUGGACUAUAGGAAAGCGGCGGCGUCAGGCGAAUGAUUUCCCCAGUGCGGAGAUCAUUCUCCCCCAGAUAAAGGCGAGGAAGCGUGUGGGUCUGGUGUCCUCGGGACCCCCUGUCAGACAGCACACCCCCAUCCCCAGGGUGGAGGUGAGGAAGAAGCCGGUGGUAACCAAGAUGCCCUUUAUGCCUACGAACUACUACUCUGGCCAGUAG